GAAGGAGGAGGAGACUGAGGAAGGAGAUGGAAGUGAGUCGGAGAAUGAAGGAGAGCUGAAAUUCACGCUUUCCCCGUCUAGUUCGAGUGUUGAUGGUACGGAUCCGAAUGUAUCACUUUCGCCGUCGGAUGAUCUUUUCUUCAAAGGAAGUUUGGUUCCAAUCGAGCCUUCAUCGCUGUUGUUAACCGCCUCGGAAGCAAACUCUAAAUUUUCUUCGUCAUUGUUGAAGUCUGCAACUAAGUUUAGAGUGUUAAUGCUGAAGCUGAAGAAGCCAAAAUCAAAUGCAGCAACAAAAACUGGAAAAUUAUCUGAAGGUGAUGGCGAUGAUGGCUCUGUUUCAGCUACUCCGAAACCACUACGGAUUAAAGUAUCAGAGGAUGAAAAAGAGGAGCGUCAGAAUCGAACGCAGAGCAAGUUUUUAACAGUGAAGUUUAAGGUUGAAGAAGUUCCUAUUAAAUCAUUGUUUACUAGAGAUAACAGCUCUAAAGCCAACAACAGCAGCAGCAAAAUACAGAAGCGGAAUCCGGCGGAAGCAUUUUCAACAAAUUCAGAAAAUUCUUCUUCCGAUGAGAAGAAAUUUUCUAAAGAGGUGAUGCAAAAAUACUUGAAAAAAGUAAAACCUCUGUACAUUCGCGCCUCGAAACGUUACGGCGAGAAGCUCAGAUUCUCCGGACAGUUGAGCUUAACAGGUAAUGCUGCACUUAAGCCCGGUCCUUCACCACCUCCGUCCGCAGCAGCGAAGGCAGAAGCAGCAACAGACGCUCCAUCGGUGUCUGAGAGGAACCAGAAGCAGGGGAAUAUCCCGUCAGGACUGCGAAUAGUUCGUAAACAUUUGGGGAAAAGCAGAUCGGCGUCGUCGGCGGUUGUUGCCGCGUCGCCAGUAACAUCUAACCGUCGAGACGACUCGUUAUUGCAGCAACAAGACGCAAUUCAAGGCGCCAUUUUACACUGCAAGAGGUCUUUCAAUUCAUCUAGAGAUUCAGAGUCAUCCAUUUUAUCACGUUCAGCAAGCGAUGCUUCACAUGAAAAAUCAACGCACUUAAUAACAGAUUCAUCUGCAUUAGAAGAAGCCAUAGCGGUGAGAAAAUUAGAAAUUUAAUUAAAAUUAAGAUUUUCUGCUUAAAAUCGUUAAUUAUUAUUAGUAGUAGUUAAGUUUUGGUUUUCCCUCGAUUAUAGAGAUUUCAACAGUCAUGACAAAGUAAUGAGUGGUCAAUUAUCUGUUUGCUCUCGUGCUUUGCUCUUUGUAAAUUAUUAAUUAGCACUUUAAUAUUAUAGAAUUAUACUAUUAGUUGUACUUAUUGUUAAUUAUAUAAAGUUUUAUCCUAAUCUCCGUUUUAAAUUUUAA